GUGCCGGUGAGUGCGGGAGCACCCGUGCCUCCUCCCCAAGGCUCGAGCCCCACCAAGCCACCACCCCUUACGCUGCCUACUCCGUUCCGAGUGGAGAACGAGGGCCACCCCCGGGAAGGACCUCCGAUCGCCUCCCCCAGGUCCCCACGCGUCCCCAAUCUAGGGGACUCAGCGCCGGGACGCUGCUAUGGACGACAUUUUCACUCAGUGCCGGGAGGGCAACGCGGUUGCCGUCCGCCUGUGGCUGGACAACACGGAGAACGACCUCAACCAGGGGGACGAUCAUGGCUUCUCCCCCUUGCACUGGGCCUGCCGAGAAGGACGCUCUGCUGUGGUUGAGAUGCUGAUCAUGCGGGGGGCACGAAUCAAUGUGAUGAACCGUGGGGAUGACACACCCCUGCACCUGGCAGCCAGUCACGGACACCGUGAUAUUGUACAGAAGCUGCUGCAGUACAAAGCUGACAUCAACGCAGUGAAUGAGCAUGGGAAUGUGCCCCUGCACUAUGCUUGUUUCUGGGGUCAAGAUCAGGUGGCAGAGGACCUGGUGGCAAAUGGGGCCCUUGUCAGCAUCUGUAACAAGUAUGGAGAGAUGCCUGUGGACAAAGCCAAGGCACCCCUGAGAGAGCUUCUCCGAGAGCGGGCAGAGAAGAUGGGCCAGAAUCUGAACCGUAUUCCAUACAAGGAUACAUUCUGGAAGGGGACCACCCGCACUCGGCCCCGAAAUGGGACUCUGAACAAACACUCCGGCAUUGACUUCAAACAGCUCAACUUCCUGGCGAAGCUCAACGAGAAUCACUCUGGAGAGCUAUGGAAGGGCCGCUGGCAGGGCAAUGACAUCGUCGUGAAGAUGCUGAAGGUUCGAGACUGGAGUACAAGGAAGAGCAGGGACUUCAAUGAGGAGUGUCCCCGGCUCAGGAUUUUCUCACACCCGAACGUGCUCCCAGUGCUAGGUGCCUGCCAGUCUCCACCCGCUCCUCACCCCACCCUCAUCACACACUGGAUGCCAUAUGGAUCCCUGUACAACGUGCUACACGAAGGCACCAAUUUUGUUGUGGACCAGAGCCAGGCUGUGAAGUUUGCACUGGACAUGGCAAGGGGCAUGGCCUUCCUGCACACACUAGAGCCCCUCAUCCCACGACAUGCACUUAACAGUCGUAGUGUAAUGAUUGAUGAAGACAUGACUGCACGAAUCAGUAUGGCCGACGUCAAGUUCUCCUUCCAGUGCCCCGGGCGCAUGUAUGCACCUGCCUGGGUGGCCCCUGAAGCUCUGCAAAAGAAGCCUGAAGACACAAACAGACGCUCAGCAGAUAUGUGGAGUUUUGCAGUGCUUCUGUGGGAACUGGUGACACGGGAGGUACCCUUUGCUGACCUCUCCAACAUGGAAAUUGGAAUGAAGGUGGCACUGGAAGGCCUCCGGCCUACCAUCCCACCAGGCAUUUCCCCCCACGUAUGUAAGCUUAUGAAGAUCUGCAUGAAUGAAGACCCUGCUAAGCGGCCCAAGUUUGACAUGAUUGUGCCUAUCUUGGAGAAGAUGCAGGACAAGUAGGGGUGGAAAGUCCUUUGCCUAAACUCCAGAGGUGUCAGGACACGGUUCGGGGAGUGCACCUCCCCAGAGCAGCAGGCCUCUGGUUGCCUCCCCUGCCUCCAGUCAUGGUACUACCCCAGCCAUGGGGCCCAACCCCUGUCCCCAUCCCUACCACUGUGGCCCCAAAAGGGAGUGGGCUCAAAGCUUUUGUCACUUGCCACACGGUGUCUCCCAGCAUGGGAGGGAUCAGCCCUGCCUGUCACAAUAAAGUUUAUUAUGAAAA